AUGACGCGCUACCUCAAGCAAACUCAAGCUCAGUUAACUGAGCAAAAGCAUUCUCAGGUUCCCACUAUUGUCAGUGGUGUCAUUGCGGAUAUUCGGGCAAAAGGUGACCAGGCUGUACGGAAGUACUCCGAACAGUUUGACAAAUGGUCACCGGCGUCAUUCCUCCUAUCCAAACAGCAAAUCGACGAAAUCCUGACCAAAGUAUCCGACCAGACCAAGAAAGACAUUCAUCAAGUUCAGGAAAAUGUACGCAAUUUUGCCUCUGCGCAGCUCCGAUCUCUCAAUGACUUUGAGAUCGAGAUGUCACCUGGCGUUCAUCUGGGACAAAAGAAUAUCCCAAUCUCGUCCGUUGGCGCAUAUAUCCCUGGUGGAAAGUACCCUUUGCUUGCGUCUGCUCAUAUGACGAUUUUGACCGCCAAGGUCGCGGGGGUCAAAAAUGUCAUUGGCUGCACUCCUCCUAUCGCAGGAAAGAUCCCAUAUGCCACAAUUGCAGCAAUGCAUUAUGCCGGGGCCGACCAAAUCUAUCUUCUUGGAGGUGUCCAAGCGAUAGCAGCCAUGGCCGUCGGCACUGAAACUAUCCCGAAGGUAGACUUCAUUGCCGGCCCCGGUAAUGCCUUUGUGGCUGAGGCGAAGCGUCAACUUUUUGGCGAGAUUGGCAUAGACCUGUUUGCCGGCCCGACUGAAGUUCUGAUAGUUGCAGACGAUGCGGCUGAUCCUUUCACCAUCGCAACAGACCUUCUAUCGCAGGCGGAACAUGGUAUCGACUCUCCAGCUGUCUUGAUCACAACUUCAGAGACCGUGGCUGUUCGAACCAUGCAGUAUAUUGACCAGCUGUUGCCAAAUCUGCAGACUGCAAACAUUGCAGGCGGAUCUUGGAAGAACUUUGGCGAAGUCGCAGUCGUGGAGGAUCUUGACAAAGCCUACCAGCUUGCCGACGAAUAUGCAUAUGAGCAUGUUCAAAUCCUAACAAGGAGGCCUCGGGAAGCUCUCGAGAAAAUGCAACACUACGGUGCCUUGUUCCUUGGGGAGAAGACCUGUGUUUCGUACGGCGACAAGGUUAUUGGAACCAACCAUGUCUUGCCCACUCGUAAAGCUGCUCGGUAUACGGGUGGGCUGUGGGUAGGCAAAUUCCUCCGUACUGUUACCUACCAAGAAGUCACUGCGGGAGAAGCAAGUGGCCAGCUUGGGCAGCUGUGUGGAAGAGCUGCUCGUGCCGAAAAUUUCGAAGGACAUGCUCGCUCUGGAGACUUGCGUGCGCAUAAGUACAUGGGAGAGGAGUACAGAUGGAUCAAGGAUGGCCAGCGUGAGCCACAGCAAAAGCUGUGA